AUGGUUCGGCCACUUGCCUACAAGGCACUUGCUGCCGCCACUUUCUUUUCAAAACUUUCCUUUGCGGCCAUCACCGCCUGCCCCAACGAAGAGGCCGUCUGGGAGACCCCCAUUGGCGUCAAGUACACCGUCUGUCCGGGCUCCGACUACCAGUAUGGCGGCGUGAGCUUCCAGUUCGUUAACAAUGUCAACACAACCAAGGAGUGUGUUCAGAUCUGUGACACAGAUGCUCGUUGCUACCGGGCCGUCUACGAUAAACAGGACAGGGUCUGCCACGUCAAGAACAACAAUAACGAGAUGAACUGGGUCGCCGACGACCGUUUCGACUCUAUCCGCAUGACGAACGACAUGCCUGAGGGCACCUUCGUCUCCGUCUGCCCCUUCGACGAGGCGUCUUACACAGAACCCAAGACCAAAGCCGAGUACCGGGUCUGCCUCAACACCGACUAUGUCGGCGCCAGUGCAAAGAUGGUCAAAGAUGUCACCACCAUCCAGGCCUGCGCCGAGCUCUGCUCCAAUACUCCGAACUGCAAGAAGUCCGUCUUUGACAACAUCGAAAACGUCUGCCACAUCAAGGCCGCAGAGCCUGACAACUCUCUUUUCCACGUCCAGAACAAGCGGUUCGCCACCAUUCGUGUUCCCGAUAUCUCCAACCCGGCCGUCGAGGGCAGGUGGGGAGACAUCAUUCGCCUGCCCCUGAUUCCCGUCGCUGCCUACAUUGUUCCGGCAUACCCUCAGCCAGACCGGCUGUUGUUUUUCUCCUCCUGGGGCAAGGAUGCCUUUGGUGGCGCAUCCGGCAAGACGCAAUACGGUGACUUCAACUUCGGAACCGGCGAGAUCUCCGACCGCACCGUCACUAACACCCAUCACGACAUGUUCUGUCCCGGCAUCAGCCAGCUGCAGGACGGCCGUAUCGUCGUCCAGGGUGGUUCCGAUGCUGAGGCUGUCAGUAUCUACGACCCUGCUACUAACAACUUCACCCGUGGCCCUGACAUGAAGAUGGCCCGUGGCUACCAGACCUCGACCACUCUCUCCAACGGCAAGAUCUUCACUAUCGGCGGCGCCUACUCCGGCAAACGUGAGGGAAAGAACGGUGAGAUGUACGACCCCGUCGCCAACGAGUGGACCAUGCUCAACGGAGCCGACGUCAAGCCCAUUCUGACCACGGACCACGAGGGUAUCUGGCGCGAGGACAACCAUGCCUGGCUCGUCGGAUGGAAGAACGGCAGCGUUUUCCAGGCCGGCCCCGGCAAGGACCAGCACUGGUUCGGCACUGAUGGUGACGGAUCCGUUAUGAAGGCCGCCACUCGCGACACUGACGACGCCAUGUGCGGUAUCUGGGUCCUGUACGAUGCCAUCGCCGGCAAGCUCCUUUCCGCCGGCGGCAGCCCCGACUAUACCGACAGUGACGCCAACAAGCACGCGCACAUCACCACCAUUGGCGACCCUAACACGCCCUCCGAAGUCGAGCGCGUCGCCGAUAUGGCAUUCCCCCGCGGCUUCGCCAACGCCGUUGUUCUCCCCGACGGCACCGUCCUCGUCACUGGCGGCCAGCGCAAGUCUCUCGUCUUCACCAACACAGACAGCAUCCUCAUCCCCGAGCUCUUCAACCCCGAGACCAAAGAGUGGAAGCAGAUGGCUCCCAUGGCCGUCCCUCGUAACUACCACUCAGUCUCCAUUCUCCUGCCCGACGCGACCGUUUUCUCUGGCGGUGGCGGCCUCUGCUACGUCUCGACCAUCGGCGGCUCCACUGCCAAGUGCGACAAGACGGUCGACCACGCUGACGGCGAGAUUUUCCAGCCCCCUUACCUCUUCAACGAGGAUGGCACCGCGGCGGUGCGACCCGUCAUCUCGGCCAUCGGCACAGAGUCCCUCAAGGCCGGUGCGACGCUCAACUUCACCGUCGAGGGCGUCGAUGGCCAGGGCAAGGUUGUUUUGAUUCGUACUGGUUCUGUGACCCACUCGGUCAACAGCGACCAGCGCCGCAUCCCUCUAAACGACGUCCAGGUUAACGGUCAGGAAUACUCGGCGAAGCUGCCCGAGGAUUACGGCAUUAUGCUUCCUGGCUACUACUACCUGUUCGUCUCUACGCCGCAGGGUACGCCCAGCGUUGCCAAGACUGUACACAUUAUCUUGUAA